GAACGAAUUGGCGGAAGUCCGCAAUUGCCUGCUGGCGCUAGGGAUCUAUCGAAGCGCGCCCCACCGAUCGUUGAUGCAAUCCGACUGCCUCGGCUUGCGCGGUUGCUCCAGGCCCCCACGGGCCCCCUAAGGCCGCGCACCAAAGGGCACUCUUGCCUAGGGUCACUCUUACGCGUCGUUGACCGCAGCCAUUUUGGCGCAGGCGACCUUGGCCGGAGCCAAGGGGGGCGAUCCGCCCACGGGCCCACCUCGCGCAGGCUGCCCCCCCCGGGGGGGCGGGCACCGCGCGGCGGCCCGCGCGGUGCGAGCCGCGCCGCCACGUCACGGCCAGGGCAUGAAGCGGCUCACGUCGAGCAGCAGCAGCAGCACCACGCUGGCGCCCAGCACGGCCACGCCGGUGCCCUCGGGCGCCCGCAGCCCGAGCAGCCCCGAGAGGGGCAGCGCGGGGGUCGCCGCCAGGCCCCCGAGCGGGGCCGCGGGCGUGCUGCGCCGGCAGAGUUCUCCGCCCGGAGGGGCGUCGGCGAGUGGCGCCAGCAGCGGGUGCGAGGGGCGGCGGGCCGCCCGGGUCGCGGGCGCGCCCGCGGCGCUCCCUGCGCCCGCGGAGCUGCGCAGGUCGAAGUACGCCGUGCCGGCGGAGGCGCAGGAGCUGCCGCGCCGCAUGCGCCACCCGGCGGCGGCGCAGGGCUCGGAAGGGGCCUCGCCCAGCAGGGGCUGGAGCGGAUGCCCCGACCUCUGCGCGCGGGUCGCCGCGGCGGCCUGCGACCCUGAGACGGUCUGGAGCACCGUGCUCAUCGAGGGGCCCCUCCAGGAGAGCUGCCUCUGGGCCUUCUGGGCCUGGAGGUGGUGCGUGCUGCUGCGCGUGCGGAACCGCUGGGAGCUGCGCGUCUACGCCGACGAGGCCGCCUCGCUGAGUUCUCCUGGCCACCCGCUGCGACGCCACGUCCUGGCGGAUUUCGCCGUCAGGCUCAGCCCAGCACGGCCGACGGUGCUCGUCCUGGAGGAUUCGAGGAGCACGGAGCCGCGGCACUGGCUCCGCAGCGGCCCGGGGCGGCGCUGGGAAGAGGUGGCGUCGUCCGGGCUGUGGUCGGAAGCGCUGAGGUCGGCACAGGCGCCAACUUCGUGCGCAUGAUCCGCUGGUAGGUUCCAAGCCUUCGAUUCGCUGCAGCGCGGCAGGCGUUACCAUUCGCUUCAGUACGUGAGGGACACGUUGUGUAGAGUUGACUUUGGCUCAGCAGGAGGAUCAUGUUUGAAGAAACCAUAUGUUGUAAGCCUAACGCCGCAUCAUUGAAGUGAUUCUGGCAGUCGGGUGCGGCAAAGAGUCGCUCAAGAGGGCGGGUUCCAGUCAGCCCGUUGGGCUAGAGGACCUGACAAUCGUCUUCUACACAACUACUGGAUUGCCUGCAGACUAGGGGGAGCCUGCAGCAUCCCUCUGGGCGCCAGCCAGACUCAUGUAACUCAAAACUGUCCCAAUCUCUUGCGCCCGUAGUGGUUUCCUUGCUGGUGGUCAGAAGCAUUGCCAGCGCCUGGGCCUGAGAGAGUCCCUUGGUCGGGCGGCCGCCACGCUUGCGCUUAUGAUUUUUGCAGAGCGCGCGUGUUCGGCCUCGGGAUGAGUCUAUUCUGGACCAGCUGCCAGCGGCGCCAGGCAGCAAAGUGCUGCCCCUUGACGUCCGCCUCAUUUCCGAUUCGUUUUUCCGCCACUGGCCCUUGAACCCGACUAAAGAAAGAACUUGUGGCAGGGUCAUUGUCACGACAGCCGACCGAGUUAGAGCUUCGGUGUAUUGUCGGGCCGUACGGCCACUUUUGAUUCGGCCACUUCUGAACGUUUCAAGUGCGCACUUCUCCUCUCCUUGAAUGGAGGAUGACGAUUAAUAAAUGGAGCCCGACGCCCAGCCCCGCAGCGACCUGCUGACCUGCCAACGCCGCAGGGAGGCACGCACGUGUCCGGCGCACAGGGCUGGCUCGCACCCAGACGGGCCGACGAUGUCACGACUCGCUGUGCACACAUCGGAUCGGACAGAAUGGAGGGAUUGCCUCACGGCCAGAGGUGCUUGUGUGUGUGUCGGUGGCGCGCCGAGGGGCGAAGUGGGACGGGGCAGGCCUCUCGCAAGGCGGCGGGGCCUCUCUCAGAAGCACCCCGGCCCUCGAAGAGGCCCUCCGUGGCCUCGGAGGCGGCGCCGGGCGCCUCUCCGGCGGCGGGGACCCUCUCCGAAGCACCCCCACCCUCGGAGAGGCCCUCUGUGGCCUCGGAUAGCCCGCGCAGGGCGCCUCUCGGGCGGCGGGGCCCACCCCUCCGGGCCUGCCGAGAGGAGGCCCGCGCCCGCUGCAAAGGCCCCCCCCCCCUCGAGGAGCGCGCGCCGCCGAGCGUGCGCGCGCCUCCUGCCUCCGAGGCCCCGCGAGCCCGCGUGCCCGCGCCCGCGACAGAGCGUCCCGAGACAGAGAGGCAAGCCAGGCUCGCACCCCAUCCCUCCCCACGGCGCUGGUUGUUUCUCCGCCCGCCGACGCGUGGCCCCGCGGGCCCUCGCCCGCGACGGGGCGCCUCAGUGCGGCAGGGGGCGCGCGCGCGGACGCGCGGGGGGCGCAGAGCUGCCGCAGAGCCCCGCGGGCGCGCCCCUUGCAGCGCGCCGCGCGGGCAGACCGCGACGGCCCCCCUGCCCGGAGGGGGCCUCGUCGAAGGAGAAAGCGCUGCGCAAAAACGAACGGG